UGUACAGUGUACACACGGGUCGGCUGCUUUUAGGGUUCGUGUUGACGGAGUAACGACGACGGUGAAGGCGCCAUGGACAGACCUCAAAGCUGAUAAAGCGUGUUUGCUUCCUGGUACCGAUAGAAAAAGAAGAAAGAAAGAGAAUAAUAAAUUCUUUCUGAAAGAAAAAGAAGAAUACAGAGAGACAUGGGGAAUCCAAAGCAGAAGUGGACAACGGAGGAAGAAGAGGCCCUAAUAGCUGGCGUAGCCAAACACGGCACUGGAAAAUGGAAGAAUAUCCAGAGAGACCCUGAGUUCCAUCCCUUCCUCUCCUCCCGAUCCAAUAUUGACCUUAAGGAUAAAUGGCGGAAUAUGAGUGUUAAUGCUAAUGGGCAAGGGUCCAGGGAAAAAUCAAGAGCACCAAAGCCAAAAGUUGGCACAGAUGCUCCCACCCCUGCUGCUGCUUUAGUGUCUAAUCCACAGACCUCUGAUCCUACUGCUUCAGUUGCCCGUGAUGCAUUGGCUGAUCCAGUUGUUGAUGACUUGUUAAAAAGUUCUGGGAAUGGGAAAGAUGCCUCAAGGUAUAAUGCACUGAUUUUUGAAGCCCUUUCAUCCUUAAAUGAGCCAAAUGGAUCUGGCAUCAGUGCAAUUAUUAGCUAUAUCGAGCAAAGGCAAGAGGUGCCACCAAAUUUUAGGAGGCUGUUAAGUUCGAGGUUGAGAAGGAUGGUUGCACAGGAAAAGCUUGUAAAGGUCGAAAAUGGCUACAAGCUAAAGAAUGCGUCAUUUGGGGGGAAGACGCCUGGUAUAAACCUGAAAGAGGUUGGACCGAGACAGUUGCAGAGCACUGGUUUUAUAACCUCGAAUGAUACUGUCGAAGAAGCAGCAAGUGCUGCUGCCUACAGGAUUGCUGAAGCAGAAAACAAAGCAUUCGUUGCAUCUGAAGCAGUUAAGGAGGCAGAGAGGGUUUCAAAGUUGGCUGAGGACACAGAUUCACUGCUACAGUUGGCCAAAGAGAUAUUUGAAAAAUGUUCCCGUGGUGAGAUUGUGCUUGUGGCAUAGGGGGGUGGACAGGGACUUUUGAUCAGUAUGUGUAAAUAUGCCUUCCUAUUCUCCCCCUCUUUUUUGUAGCAUUAUCAAGCUCAGUUAUUUGAGAACGAGGUUAUCUUUGUAACAUAUAUCAAACACUCUGGUUCUGCAUUAUUUACUUCACCAAACAUCCAAA